CUUUGCUAUUAAACUGUCAUUCAUGUUCCCCUGUUUUAAAUUAUUUCUUCUCACUGUUGUGAAUAUGAUAAAAAUGGAAGGACUGCCCCUUCAAAUAUACCAUUCUCAGCAUUUCAAUCUACCCGCUGUAUGCCUUUCUCUUGUCUUCACAAUAUUCAUGUCAUGCCUCACUCCUUCAUCUCCAGCAUGUCCACAAGUCUUCGAAUGUGGGAUUCAAACAUUCGAAUAUCCCUUCGGAGCAAAGAGCAGCGGUUGUGGUGACCCUGCACUUCAGCUUGACUGUGAUCAUCAAAUGAAUAUGACUUUAAUUAACAUCAGCGACCACCAAUACUACCUGCUUCGCCACGAGGAAGUGUUUCCAAGAAAUCACAUGAGAAUAGUGGAUAGAAAUAUGUGGGGAGAUGCAUGCAACCCGUCGAGCAGUAAUCAGACAAUGGAAUUCUGGUCUAGCCCUCAGUUUCGCAUUACUGAUAAGUAUAUGAAUAUAAGUCUAUGGGGAGAGUGCAGAGAAGAGUACCUGCCCACCGAAGCGUAUGCUUUAGAAUGUAAUAAGAGUUGGUACUAUUCAGACUUGAAUUUAAAUGCGUAUUGUGAAUCGUUAGUGCAUCUACCUGCUCCAAAAUUCAACACGAAUCGACCGUUGCCUGGAAGUAUGUAUUAUGGGUUCAGAGUAAAAUGGAGUUUCAGCAAAGGUUGUGAGCAUUGCGAGUCAAAGAAAAUGCUUUGCAUUUACGACACCAGUAAUUCGACGCGAUUGAGUUGCAAAUCGGACAGCUCUGGUGUGUUUAACGCUGCUAUUGCUCUAGGUGUGGCCGUUGGAAUCGGUGCAUUGUUACUGACGGGAGUAUUGCUUCUGUUUGUUAAUCGGAAGAGGAGGUUAUCUAAGAAACCUGAUCUUUCCAACGUGGAGAAAUUCUUGCAACAUUAUGUUCAUCAAAUGCCAUGUAGAUACUCAUACUCUCAGCUCACGAAGAUCACCGAUAACUUUACACAGAAAGUCGGAGAAGGAGGUUUCGGUGUGGUUUAUAAAGGAAGCCUACCUACGGGCGAUCUGGUGGCGGUUAAAAUGCUUGAUCAGUCAAGACACAGUGAGAAUCAAUUCAUGAAUGAAGUAGCAACUAUCGGACGGCUCCAUCAUGUUCAUUUGGUUCGCCUGAUGGGAUAUUGCUUCGAACAGCAGAGAAAUGCAUUGGUUUAUGAGUACAUGCCUAAUGGAUCUCUAGACAAAUUUAUAUAUGGAGGAAGAGAGAAAGAAGCAAUCCUAAACUGGGCACAGCUGUAUCCAAUUGCUUUGGGUGCCGCUCGUGGAAUAGCCUAUUUACACCAAGAUUGUGACAAUUGUAUCAUUCAUUUCGACAUAAAACCUCCCAACAUACUACUGGAUGAAGAGUUCACACCAAAGGUAGCUGAUUUUGGUCUGGCUAAACUCUGUGGGAAGAAAGAUGACCAUGUAUCAAUGACAGCUCCAAGAGGAACGCCAGGUUAUGUUGCACCAGAGCUUUGGUACAGAAAUUUGGGACCUGUGACGGACAAAUCAGAUGUUUACAGUUUUGGAAUGGUAUUACUGGAGCUGGUUGGAGGAAGGAAGAAUUUUGAUAUGCAGGUAAGCCACCCCAGUCAGUUGUAUUUUCCGGAGUGGGCAUUCAAAUUGAUGGAACAUGGACAGUUGGAGAGGGGAUUGAGAGGAACUGGUAAAGAAAAACUAGAAUGUGAAGAGGAGGAGAAAGCGAUACGAGCGGCCAAAGUAGGGCUAUGGUGCAUUCAGUACAAUCCAACGGAUCGACCGAGCAUGAACAGAGUUGUUCAAAUGUUGGAAGGAAAUGUUGAUGUAACCAAUCCUCCAUUGCCUUCCAAUUCAUCAAUCAGCGGUGUACUUUCAGUACAUUCAAGUGAAGAAUCUUCUAUGUAAGUAACCGAGGAAACCUCUUUGGAACCCAUAAUUCCGGAUCGCCAUAUUAUUGCGAGCAGGAGUUGGGAACAAAGAGGGAGAUCACUCUGACGGAAAGACACUGAGUAUGUUAUAAGCCUAUAUGUCAAUUUGUUCCGACUUCACUGUCUGAAUACGAAAUAACAUAAUAAAUAUUGAGAACGUGGAGCGGCUGAAGAUAAUGCUGAGCAGCUGGAGACUGUGAGGAACCCUCUUGUUUGUUUGUGCCGACACAAAGAUUAAUUUAUUUAUUCAUUCCAAUGUCAGAGACAAAUUGUUAAAUAACAUUGUUAUCAUAUACAACGGCUUU